CGUCCGCCCUCCCCGAUCGCAACUCCCGACAGAGAUAAAGAGGAGCUGCUGAAUAUUGCUAGACAGUCUAGACAUGGCGCCCCUUCUUGCAGAAGAGGUCGUGAAGCAUCCUGCAUUCGAUACAGUCGACUGGAACCUCCCGUCCACGUCAUCCGGAACAUGUACGGUGGCGCAGGGGAGACGCGGAGGCCCCCUCAACCUGUAUUAUGAGACCCAUGGCACUGGGCCUGUGAAGCUCGUCGUAAGUCGGUCGGGAGCAGAAAUCCCGGUUCACCUGGCGGUGUAGCGCUGACCAGUUGCAGUGGAUUAUGGGCCUCAACGGGUCCCUCACGGACUGGAAGCGCCAUACCAAAUACUUUGGCCAUCAGCACGCGUCCAGAUACACAUGCUUGGUAUUCGACAACCGGGGCGUCGGUCGCUCUGACAAGCCGUUGUCAUUCUACUCCACGUCCGAGAUGGCGCAAGACGCCGUGGACCUGGUCGCCUCGCUGGGCUGGAUCGACCUCGCCGCUCCCGCCGAACGGUCCAUCCAUGUCAUCGGCGCCAGUAUGGGCGGGAUGAUCGCUCAGGAAGUCGGGGUGCUGAUUCCCGACCGUCUCGCGAGUCUGACGCUCUGCUGUACGGCGCCUCGCUUGGUGCGGACGGGUCCGUUCCUCGAAACGGUGCACCAGCGCGCGAGCAUGUUCAUCCCUCGCCAUAUCGAUGUCGAUCUCCAGCGGAUCGCGAAGGAUCUCUUUGCGGACGGCUUCCUGGACCAGCCGGACACGGAGUAUGGGGACCCGACGAAGAACUUCCCGACCAGGCGGGAUCGGUUUGCCGCGGGCGUGUUGAAGAAGCGCGCUGACACGGACCGAUACACGGUCAAGGGCUUUCUGAUGCAGGUUGUGGCGUGCUAUUUCCAUACCAAGUCGCCGGCGCAGCUCAAGGCCCUGGGGGACAACGUGGGCAGAGAACGCAUCACGAUCUGCCAUGGCACCAACGACCUCAUGUUGACGUUUCGUCACGGGGAGAUCCUGCACGAGGAGAUCGGGGAGGGGGUGACGUGGAAGGUGUUCGAAGGCAGCGGCCACAUGCUGAGUUGGGAACGAGAGCACGAAGUGAACCAGAUGAUCGAGGAGGCGGUGGGCAAAUGGAGUUGAAGUUGAGGAUUCCGACUGACGAAGUGCCGCACGUGUUAGCAUAGAUAGGUGUACGAUAGAGCAACAUACUUUGACUUUGUG